AUGAAGUCUACUAUCAUCCUCGCCUUGGCGAGCAUUGCCAUCGCAGCUCCCACUCGCACCAUCGAGAACCGCCAGCUGCCCGGUUUCGGUUCCGGCAGUGGUACCAGCAGUGGACUGGAUGCCCUGAAGUCUAUCUUCCCAGGACUCUCGGGCUCUGGCGGUGGUUCCGGCACUCCGACUGGCAGUGGACUGGAUGCCUGGAAGUCUCUGAUCCCCGGACUCUCGGGCUCUGGUAGCGGCUCGGACAGCUCGUCAGGUAGCGGACUGGCUGGCUUGAAGUCUCUCCUCCCAGGACGCUCAACCAGCUCGUCGGGCAGUGGACUCAGUAUCCCCGGUUUGAGCUCAGGCUCAGGCUCUUCAACCGAGAACGGCGUCACCCAGAAUGACGGCUGCAAGGAGUACACGUUCAUCUUUGCGCGCGGAACUUCCGAGAUUGGUAACAUGGGCACGAUCGUUGGACCCCCCGUCGCCAAGCAGUUGAACUCCCUGACUGGCGACAAGGUCACCGUGCAGGGCGUGGAUUAUCCGGCGGAUGCAGCGGGCAACGCAGUGUUGGGCGCAGCUGGCGGUCCCGCCAUGAUCAAGCUCGUCAAGCAGGCUCUCAGCCAGUGCCCCAAGACCAAGGUCUUGCUGGGCGGAUACUCCCAGGGUGCGAUGGUCGUCCACAAUGCUGCCAACAGCCUCGCCGCCGACCAGAUUACCGCUGCCGUUCUUUUCGGUGACCCAUUCAAGACCCAGAGUGUCGGUAAGGUUGCCGGCGACAAGGUUAAGGAGUUCUGCCACCUUGGUGACCCGGUCUGCUUGAACGGAGCAAAUGCCAUGGCCCAUAUUACUUAUGGAACUGAUGCUGAGGCGGCUGCGAAGUUUUUGCUUGAAGCUGCUGGCGCUUCCACCUCUUCGUAG